GUUUACCAGCUGAGCACAAAAAGAAAGAGCUGUGUGUUGAGCGCGAAAGAGACUACACUGAAAAAACGUUUAUUCCGCGUAAAUCUACAUUACAUUUUUUAAAUUUCGCAUUUAUAUUUGCCAGGAGAAGAAGAAACUUUUUCCUGAUUGUAGACCAGGUUUGUUGUUUUUGCUCGUAAUGUAUCGUAAGACUUGUAACAAAGAGAGAUGGUGUCUGUUCGUUAUAACAUUGUUAUUAGCUACUGUAGCUAGCUUGUUCUUUCCGUUACAUUCUUGGUCUAAAUUGAACCAGUAGCUAUUUGAUGGUACAAUUUUCCUUCACUUUGUUUUCAUCCUCUAGUUGAUGAAACGGAUAUAAAAUGAAAACUGAAGUAUCCACUGCAGCGAAUUUCAUAUCGAGAUUACUGAAAACAACUGGUCUGCUAUCCGAGGAGCAACUUCUGCAUUUCAGCCAUUCCCUCGAAAAAUCUCUGGGAGAGCACUACAAACACCACUGGUUCCCUAACGCUCCGUGCCGAGGCUCAGCCUACAGAUGCAUCAGAAUCAAUGAGAACCACAAGAUGGACCCUGUGGUCGGGGACGCCGCGGGCACCAUCGGACUGACCCGAGAACAGCUCUUCUCCCUGUUGCCCAGCGAGCUCACCAUGUGGGUAGACCCAUACGAGGUGUCUUACCGGAUUGGGGAGGACGGCUCCAUCUGCGUUCUCUAUGAAUCCGAGCCAUCGUCUGCACAACCUGACACAGUGUCUAACCAGAGCAAAGGGGACAGCAACAGAACCAGUUCAGCCAGCUGCAAAGAUGAACUGAGAAUGGGGAUGGGGAGGUCCAAAAAGCCCAAGUCGUUCACAAUGAUAAGGAUCUCUAGCAGCUAAACAGUUCCUGCUUUUAGCAGGACCCAUUGACCUGGACACUUGGACAUAGAUCACACAUACAUACAGUAUACAUGUUUAUUUCCUUCUUUCUGUUUUUUAAUAUAAAAGAUUUUUAGUACUCUGAAGAUCAACUUGUUCCCCUUUAUGGAUAUAGAAACUAUGUGUCUAUUUUGUGAUAGAUUAUUGACUGAAGAUGGAUUUUAAUGUAUGUUGUUAAUGUUUCUAAUUUAUAUACAGUAUAUUAAACACUCACUACAUU